AAAAUGUGAUAAAAUAAUUAAGAAUUUUAUUUAUGUAUUUUCAAGGAAAACUUCGAUAAGUUGAGCGUUUUUCCUAUGGUGCGCUGCAAUAUCAUUCCACACCUAUUGGUGGCGCGGCGUUGUUUUGGUUACUGUAGCCAAGAAGAAGAAAAAGUUGAAAACAGGAAGUGUUUGUAAACAAAUACGUGACGGAUACCAAACGGGGUUAAGCAGUAUUCUUACACAUUUUUUUCUCUUUUUUGAUGAAAUGAGAGAAAUGUAGCAGAGAGUUGAAGAUGGGGGACAACCAGCGGGAGGAUGUCGGAGGAGGAAACUCGGACUGGAUGUCCCGUCUGCCGGAGGAGCUCCUGGACGUCCCGCUUUGGAACCUGGCUAUUCCUGGGAGUCAUGACAGCAUGUCCUUCUGCCUGGACAUGUCCUCCCCGGUGCUCAAGUCGGAGCCUUGGCUUCUCCGGCUGACGGACCGACUCUUCCCCUGCUUGACCCGACCCUGUAUUUACCGCUGGUCCACCACACAGCAAUCUGUCCUCUGGUAUCAGUGUGAGCUCGGUAUUCGCUACUUGGACCUGCGGAUCGCCAGGAAGCCAGCAGGGGGCAGCAGUUUGUUCUUCGCCCACGGGAUCUACACGCUGAUGAGCGUCAAGGAGGCUCUGGAGGAGCUGGCAUCGUGGCUGGACGCUCAUCCCAAAGAGGUCAUCAUCAUCUCCUGCUCUCACUUUGAGUCUCUGACUGAUGAAGAUCACGUCCAGCUGGUGGACUUCAUCCUCUCGCUCUUCAGCACGAAGCUCUGUUUGUCACAGGACACUCCCACGUUGCGUUCCUGUUGGUCUGGAGGUCAGCAGGUCAUUCUCUCCUAUGAUGACCUGCAGAUGGAGUGUCAGCACCGCCAGCUGUGGCCAAAGAUACCUUACUGGUACGCUGACAGCCCAGAUCCAAAGGAAGUGAUCGCUUAUCUGGAGGAAAAGAAACGCCAAGGAAGACCAGGCAGUUUUUACGUCAGCGGUCUGAACCUGACUGAAGACGCUCGCUACAUCCUCCUCCACCCCCUCCAGAAUCUGAGGAUAAUGACGGUGGAGGCGCUCUCACCGCUGCUCCGUUGGACCGCAGAGCAGCGCCCUGGCCCGGGAGUGGGCCGAGUCAACAUCGUGUGCUGCGACUUCGUAGGUUUCAGCCAGUUCUGUUCGAUCGUGAUCGGCCUGAACUUCAAGCUGGUGAAAGCUGCAGCCAGGACUUCCUCUGGUUACCUCCGGGAUGAACCGCUUGAACCGGUUCCACUGGUUUAGUUGGGAACAUUAGUGCUCAGUGUUACAGAAAAACAUUUGGAGCAAGUUACCAGAAUCUCCACACUGUUGUGUGCAAUCUCAACCGCAAUUAAUUUGUUCCUCAUGUUUAUUAUCAAUUAAUUCAUCUUAAACUUUGCUUCACAAUUAUUGAUCAAAUUUCAAUCAAUUUAACUGCAAACUGUUACACAUUCAAACACAUUCCUAAGUAGCAAAUCAUCUGUAUAUAUAUAUAUUAUAUAUAUAUAUAUAUAUAUAUAUAUAUAUGUGUAAAAAAUUAUUUAAAUCAGUGUUUUCUUCUGUGAAAUCAAAUAUUUUUGUACAACUAAAUGAACUCAAUACAGUUGGUUGGGCUCGCACAAAUCUGUUUAAGGGUCUUUUUUAUUUUAGUUUUAUGCUAAAAGGCUUUAAUUUAAAUAUUCACCAUCUUCUCAUUACUUAUUAGUCACUCUGUCUAUAUGUCAGCACACAAAUCAGAGAUAUCUACUAAAUUAACAAGUACCAGAGAAUUGGAAAAUGUCUAAAUUACUUGAUUUCCUGAAUAAAUUACGACCAAAAAACCCAUUUUUAUAUCAAAUAAAAACUGGUUGCGUUAUGUCUUCAACUCUCAUUGAGUAAAUUUGUUCCCACAGACGAACAAAUGAGGACAAUUUUUUUUUUUUUAGGAGGAGCUGAACCUCCCAAAGUAAUUUAAAAAAACGCACCAUCACACUUUCCCACACAAGUUUAUUCAACCAUGACAUCUCUUUCCAGGAUGACAGAGAAACAAUCUCCAGCUGAAGUUAUAAUAAAAACAGUGCACAGCAGGUUAAUGGCUGAAUCCUUAUGUAUCUGUUCAUACAUUUUAUAUCUGUGCUCCCAAACUUUGAAAGCAAAUCACAUCAUACGUUACAGUCGGAGUAAAAAAA